CCUGCUGCUCCUUCAAAUCUCUACAUAUAUAUUGGGCUGCCCACUACCUCUCCAAGGGAUAAACCCAUCAACAUCCUCCUCCCCUCCCCAUACCACUCUCUGUGACUUCCUAUGGCUGCUAACGUUCGUGGCUACGGCGUGGAAAGAAAUCUCCGUACGGUGGAUGAGGAUGGGACAUCCUCUGGAGAUUUCAUCAGCUCGAGAUCUGAUGUCGAAGAAAAGCGUGUCGAUGUGGCCAGCGAACCACCUUCGAGUCUCCCUGCCUUCUUGACUCCGGUGUACCACGCCUUGAAGGCGACGCAAAGGUUCCUUGGAUUCCACAAGAUGUACAACAUCCCUCUCUGGAUCAUCUUUGGCGGUGCCAUGACAGGCUUCUGCAUUUCGAGGAUGCCAUACUACAACAAGACGUUCUUAAUCAAUCAUAUCGGCUUGCAAAACUGGUACUGGUACCGUCAGCAACCGUAUCGCUUUGGGCUUUAUCUCCACAUUGCUGCUGCACUCCCCGGUGGUGUUCUUGCACCAUUGCAGUUCGUUCCUGCUAUCCGCUACAAGAACAUUCUGAUUCAUCGUAUCAUCGGCUAUUACUGCAUUUUGAUGAUCACAAUCGGUUGCGUUGGGGGUUUCAUGCUUGCCCGCCGUGUUCUUAGUGGAGAUCCAGCUGGUGAUAUGCACAUUCUUAUGUUUGGGGGAACUGUCCUGUUUAGCUUUUUGAUGGCAUGGAUCAACAUCAAGAGACUUCAGAUCGAUGAACAUCGAAAAUGGAUGUUGAGAGCCUGGUUUGUUCUAGGAUCCACAAUUACUUUACGACUUAUUUGGCUCGCGACGCCCAAAUACGUCGAUAGAGUGGGAACCUAUUCAAUCACGUACUCGUGUGACAACGUUCUGUUCGACAUUGGAGGAAAUUCAACCCUACUCGGCCAACUGUUCCCAGCUUGUCUCACCGCACCGAAUCUCAAAACGUUUUUCGUUGCCGUGCCUGCAAGUUACAGAGCGGGUGGUGUACUUGGUUACGUCGCUACCCUUCGACUGAGCUAUACUCUCUCUGCCUGGUUAUCACUCUUCAUUCAUAUGGUAGGAGUGGAAGUGUAUAUUCACCUCACCGCUGCCGAAUCGGAGCGCCUUCGGAUCGUUUCGUACCAAAAGCAACUCGAAAGGGGUUUCAAGCGUCCUGGAAGCGCUGGUAUCACCGCUGAUCGUAUCGGAGACGAUCACUGGACACCACCGGUGCCCGCUGCUGGUACUAGGGUUUUCACGAACCGCGUUUAGAACAGCGAGCGAGCGAGCGAGGCGUAUCCAUGCUAAUGCUAGCUAGCCCUGGUAAUCGCGAUUGGUGAACUGAGUUCGAGGGAUUUUCUAUGUCUUGAAUUUUUUUUGGCUAGCUAGUUUUUCUUUUUCUUUUGUUUCCCCCGUUGCGUCACGAUAGCUAUAGCACAAGUACAAUAUUGAUUCCUCAGAGAAGAGUAAAUGAUGCGAAAUCUUCAAUUGUCGUACGCAGGAUUAGAAUUCGCUCUGAGGAAUGUUAAUUUUUU